CGAUGGCGGAGUUCCCACACAACUUGCGCUGCGGCGGGGGAUGGGGCCCACGGCCCCACCAUGCCUACGUGGUGGACCCGGCGCACCGAUCCGACCCCUCCGGUCUUGUGGACCGGACCAAUCACCUCGUCGCCACCAUUCCCCAUCCUCAUCGUCCCUCGCUUCUCUUUGAGGGGUUUAGACCGGGCGUGCCCCGGUUCGGACCGGUUGGUUCGUCAAAACUGGCUCAGUCUAAAGCGUUGGGAUUUACGCAUGACAAUAAUAAUAAUAAUAAGAAGGUUUCGAAAAUACAGCAAGGGCCAGGUCCGGUCCGGUUCACUGCGGUCCAGUUCAACCCGGUUCGGUCGACCGGUUCAGGGAAGGAGUGUGGUGGGACCGGGGUGUUCCUCCCGCGCGUCGCGGUCAACCCCGGAGUCAACAAAAAACCGCAUGUUAAUAAAGGAGAAAAGCAACAAAAGAAGCAGCAAUAUGCAGUGGUGGCAAAGGAAACAGUGCCCAUUCAACCACCUGAGUUACUUCUCCCUCAAGAGUGGACUUAUUAAAAGAGGGAAAAAAAAUAAUAAUAAAUUUGAAAGAGAAAAUAAUUUUAAAAAAAUUAACUAAAUAAUUAUAGUAUAGUAAAACAAAGGGAGGAGCAUAGAAAAUCCAAUAAGAAGCUUUAAGAAUAGAUUAAAGGGCUUUUUUUGCAAAUAGCCCCAUAAAAAAUUUUAUUUUCGAAAAUAGC